UCUCGUCUCAUACAAUCCCAAAUGGCAGCUCCAGAAUCUCUACAGAAAGGAGCGUCCUUUUGGUUAGUUAUCGUCUCCCUAUGUCUCAUCGCCUUCACGUCGUCCCUUGAUGGAUCAAUCCUCGCUAUCGCCCUUCCGCAAGUCUCAUCUUCUCUGAACAUCGCAGACAAAUACGUACGCGGGUGUAUGGGCUAUGCUCCAGAUUGUAGACGCGCUGGGUCGUGCAAUGAUCCUUCCUACAACACUUCCUGCGAUCUUAGCAAGCCUACCAGAGAAAGAUGUCAUCGCAGCUACAGGGGUGUAUUCAUUUCUACGUGGCUUUGGCUAUGUUUGGGGAAUUACAAUUCCGGGAAUCAUAUUCAACAAUCGUUUUAGCCAACUUUCUUACCAAAUUUCGGAUCCUA